UUGGGGACCGACCCAAACUCGCACACCUCCCCCACCUGCCCUGCUCCCAGAAAAUUUGCCGGCGUUGUUGCUGGGACCCGACAGUCUGCGGGGUGGCUGCGGGGCUCUGUUCCACCGGCUCGCCAGCUCACCCUGCUCUGUCCGGUUGUGCUGGUCCGAGGCGGCCUGAUUCAGAAUGACCUUGCACGGCUCUAGAUUCCCGUGGCUCUUCAAGAUGACCGUCUUCCUCUUAGGAGCUGCUGGCUUGGUUUUGUUUAUGCACAGAGGGGUGGACCUUCACGAAAAGUUCAGCUUCCACCCAGAGCUCCCUCGUCCUGCUCAGGCUGUCCACCUGCCGAAGCUUCUACCUGAGAAACAUCUCAGGGACCUCUUCACCUACGAUGGAGUCUGGCUGUUCCCGAAGAACCAGUGCCAGUGUGAAACCAAACCCCGGGGUUACCGCUUUCAGGAUGGCUACAGCCGGACAGACCUCCCUGCCGUGAAGGCGAGGAGACAGGCUGAAUUUGAACACUUUCAGAGGAGGGAAGGGCUGCCACGCCCACCGCCGCUGCUGGCUCCGCCCAACCUCCCCUUCGGGUACCCGGUGCACGGGGUGGAGGUGAUGCCCCUGCAUACUGUUCCUAUCCCAGGUCUCCAGUUUGAUGGACCCAACGCCACCAUCUACAAGGUCACCCUGACUGCUUCUCUGGGGACAUUCCACACCCUCGUUGACAUCCCAGACAGUGUGGUGCAGGGCAGAGGUCAGAAGCGGCUGACCAUUUCCACCAGGGACCGGACGCUGUUGAAUUUCAUCCUCCAGCACGUGACCUACACCAGCACGGUGUACCAGCGCCACAAGGUGGACGUGGUGAGUCUGGAGUCCAAGUCCUCAGUGGCCAAGUUCCCAGUGACCAUCCGCCAUCCUGUCCUCCCCAAGUUAUAUGACCCUGGACCAGAGAGGAAACUCAGAGACCUGGUGACUAUUGCCACCAAAACUUUCCUCCGUCCCCACAAGCUCAUGGCCAUGCUCCGGAGUCUUCGUGAGUAUUACCCAGACUUGACUGUGAUCGUGGCUGAUGACAGCAAGGAACCUCUGAAGAUUAAUGACAGCCGCGUGGAAUACUACCUCAUGCCCUUUGGGAAGGGCUGGUUUGCUGGCAGGAACUUGGCCAUAUCCCAGGUCACCACCAAAUACGUUCUCUGGGUGGACGAUGACUUUCUCUUCAACAACAAGACCAAGAUUGAGACGCUAGUGGAUGUCCUGGAGAAAACGGAGCUGGAUGUGGUAGGCGGCAGUGUGCUUGGAAAUGUGUUCCAGUUCAAGCUGUUGCUGGAGCAGAGUGAGCAUGGCGACUGUCUUCACCGGAGGGUAGGAUCUUUCCGGCCCGUGGAUGGCUUCCCCACCUGCGUGGUGACCAGCGGCGUCGUCAACUUCUUCCUGGCCCACACAGACCGGCUGCUGAGAGUUGGCUUCGACCCCCGCCUGCAACGCGUGGCUCAUUCAGAGUUCUUUAUCGAUGGGCUCGGGAGCCUGCUCGUGGGGUCCUGCCCAGACGUGAUUAUAGGUCACCAGGCCCACACGUCACAGGUGGACCCGGAGCUGGCUGCCCUGGAGAAGACCUACAGUAAAUACCGGACCAACACCAAUGCCCAAAUCCAGUUCAAGCAGGCUCUCCACUACUUCAAGAACCACCUCCAGUGCUCCACAUAAAGGUGUCCAGACAUCGGAAAAGCAUCAGGACCGUCCUGAAGACGGCGUGAAGUCACUGACGCACACCAACAUCCUCAUCUGUUCCGGCCAUUUCCUGUUCUUGAUAUUCUACAGUCUUGAGGAACAGUCUGUGUUCCAGAUACCAGCAACGGUUUCAGGAUCACCAGCUUCCCCGAAGGUCACUGCUCCCUACCCCAGCUCUCCUGCACGAUGCUGCGUCUAAUCACCUUCAUGGAGGAUUCGCAUCUGCAUAUACUUCUUUUUCUUAAUCUUUUGCUGGGGUGCUCCAACUGCCUUUAUAGCCUUCGGUCUUCCUGCUCCAGCUUCCAACAAGUCUUCUGUAUAAAAUCUACAUUUCUCAUCCUCCUUUAAGGUUUACUGGGAGCUUGCCAAGGUUUUUAUCAUGUAAUUGAGUAAUCUGCGUAACUACAUGUCUAUUUCCUCUCCUAUGCGCUUGGAGAAAGACCCCUGCUCUCUGCAUAUAAAGACUCAGAAGGUGUUACUCACAAAAGGGGGGAAAAAAGGGAUACAUUUGAUAUGACCAAAAUGAAAAUCUUCUGCUAAUCAAAAGGCACAAUUACAAAAGUG